GGUGGCGACAAUACAUCUUUUUGCGUGUAGUUCGACAUAAAACCCAAAGAAGAAGUGUAACCGGAAAAGAACAGCGACCAAGAACAAUUUCCACGUUAGAGUUGUUGUUAUUUAUACGUUUAUUAACACCAUGGAACUCAAAAUGAACAAUUUAACUGCACAACAUCACAUACUGACAGCACUUUGUUGACAGAUGUUAUCGAUUGUCAAGGUAACGCUAGCCAGCUAGUUAGCGGAUAACGUUAGCUAACGAUGGCUAACAGUAUGGUUUUUCACACUCAAAUAGCCUCCAUCAUGGAGGUCCUAGCGAAUGCAGCCGUGGCAGAGGUUUGUAAACUCGUAGACGACGAUUAUGCAGUGUUUCGUUUGGAAAUGUCUCAAAGCCAGAAAGAAAACAGGGCAUUGCGAAGGAAACUACAGCUAUUCGAACUGAAGGUGGCACGGGAGCGCGUCCUCGCCAGUCGUCCCAGUAGUGUCAAGAUCCUCGACAGACACAGAGGAAUGGCAAGAGGUGAAGGACAUCUCACUGGAGGCCACAGGAGUUUUGUGAAGCCAGUGGGACACAAUACAUGGAGAGAUGACCAACCAAUCACUAUUGAUGAGGGGAGUGGAACCUCAACCCAGCCCGUUAUCGUGAUAGAGUCUGCAGAUGCAGAGGCUGCUGGUCCUGGGGUCAAGCAGGAGAAGACUGAAAGAGAGGAGGACCCACAGCAAAGCAGAGACAUCCAGACUGGCCCGACUGGAAUGCCCCCUGUAGCCACGGAGGACGCCGCCCCAGUGCAGUCCAGUUACCAACGCAUUGUCACUGAGGUCUGUGGAACACCAAACGCUGUCCUAAAGUCAGAGACUGACACUGAGACUUUAACUGUAACACACAGGCUCUUACACACAGGACCUGACCACGGAUCAGACCCAGAGAGACGUGGGCUGGGGGCAUUGGGCUGUCCUCCUGUUCCCGGCUCAGAAUACUUACCGAUAUUUCACCAGGUCCAGAGGACGGUUCAUUCUCGUGGAGAUGGUGAGGUGUUAUACACAGGCAUUGAUGACCUGUCUUGUACUUACGCUACAGAGAUGGACCCUGGCAACGUAUCCUUGGAUUUAGAGACACAGAAUGAUCUGUCUAGAGGGGACUGGAACCGGUACAGUAGUAGUGUAUACUCUGAAGGGUGCCUAGAUAAGAAAGGAGAGGUUAUAGUCGUAGACGAAGUGACUGUGAAAGUGGAGGGCGAUGCUCCUCCCACAUGGAAUGCAAAUAGUCACCUAGGAGACAGACACUCACAAGGCAGAGAUUUCUUAGAUUACAGGGAAAGCUUAGAGACAAAUCCAAAUGUCGUCCACCCGUUCCGGGAUCGCGACCCAGUGUCCACGUCAAUGGGGCCUUCCGAUUCACACGGCUGUGCCCUUUUGGAUCAGGCAUUGAACUCAAAAGACGGGGCUAGAGCCCAGGCUCUGGGAGGGGAAGCAACAUCUGGCAAAAAACAGGGGGUGAAACCCUUUAGCUGUACCCAGUGUUCUAUGCGCUUCGCCCAGGCUGGCAACCUGAAGAGGCACCAGAGGGUCCACACAGGGGAGAAACCAUUCAGUUGUACCCAGUGUCACAUGCGUUUCGCCCAGGCUGGUGACCUGAAGAGGCACCAGAGGGUCCACACAGGAGAGAGACCUUACAGCUGCCCCCAGUGUGAGAAGAGGUUCUCCCACCAGCACCAUCUGAAGAUGCACUUGAAGAUCCACACUGAAGCGAGGCUGUUCGCCUGUACGCCCUGCGGGAAGAGAUUUUCAGAUAGGAGCUACCUCAGGAUACACCAGCAGAAAAACCAUUCCACUCUAUAACAUAGAAAGUAACCAUUUGACUCGAUAGCUUCUGACGUUUAGAUCAAACCCUGCAUUAAAAGAUUAACUUUCAUUGUUGUCAGCAGAACAUUUGGAUUAACAAGAGUCACAGAUUUCAGUGUUGAAUAUUCCUGGGUAGAAUAAUGCAUCCUACAAUACUGUGUAGGCCAGUGGUCACCAACCUAUUCAAGAUCACUUUUAUUGAUCUAUCGCUCAGAAUU